CGUCGCGUUCACGUCAAUUUUGAACUUUGCGACCACAUCACAAAAUCGCAUGGAUGGCGGCAAUGCGGAGGAUAUACUCCGGUCGCAUCGAGAGGCGGCCAGCUUCGAGGAGGAACAAGAGCAGGCUGUCCAGGAGCGUUUGAACACAUUCUACCACUAUGCUGGUUUACGACUAUCGGACAUGGUGGAUAGAAAUGGAUCUUUGCCUGCAAAGCUGAAGCAGGUGACGGUUCUAGGUACGCCUCACACACGGCCCUCGUUUCUGGCCAAAGUGCUGGGUGAUGUGCUCAAUCAACCCGAUUCAGCGACACUCCGUUCAUCCCUGGAUGCACUCUCUGCGGCGGCCACUCGGUUAGCAGAGUUUGGCAUCUACGAGAGUGUUGUGAUCGAUGUGGACAAGAUUCCAUUCCAUCGAGGAGCGAGUGAACAUGAUCUUGCGGCGACAUUACAUUGCAAGGAACGCUCGAGGAUAUCUGCACGGACAGGUACCGAUUUUGGCAAUCAGGAAGGAAGUGCCUACGCCAGCAUAAACAUUCGCAACGCUUUUGGCGGUGCAGAGUCGCUUGAGGGCAAUGUUGCCUUUGGCACACGUACGCGAGCAUCGUAUGAGGCGCGCUUGACGACGCCAAUCGAUGCGAAUCCACAGAGCAUCUUCGAAUUGCUAGGCUAUGCUGCAACACGGGCCAAUACCCACGCGAGCCACGAAGAGUUGGUUCAAGGUCUAUCUGCGAGUGUGAAGCAACUAUCUGUGCUGGGUAGACACGACUUUGGCAUUCAUGCUGUUGCCAGAACGAUCACGAAUCUCUCACCUGGCGCGAGCCUCGCCAUUCGUCAAAGUGCAGGCGACAGUCAAAAGUUCAGCCUGACACAUGCUUUUGUGCAUGACAGAAGGGACGAUGUCGUGGUGCCUACCACUGGCUAUCGGUUGGGCACUACACAAGAGUUGGCCUUACCGUUGACGGAGUCCGCGGCAGCUUUUGCCAAGGCAGAAGUGCAGGCAAGUCGGCACGGCAAAGUGGGUGAUGUGGUGCUCAGCCUUUCUGCAAAGGGCGGCUUACUUUGGACUCUAGCAGAGCAGCAGUCUAUGCUCAAUGACCGUUUCCAACUCGGCGGUCCAACCUCUGUGCGUGGCUUCCAGUAUGCUGGACUAGGACCACGGCCACGCGGAUCACAAGAUGCGCUUGGUGGAGAUGUCUACCUGUCUACGUGUGCGUCAAUCAUGCAUCGUGUGCCAUUUGCACCAGAGAGCUGGCCCAUCAAGGCUCAGACAUUUGUGGCCACUGGUGCUUUGCUGCCCCUAGAUAAACAGAAGCCUCGACAGACACUCCAAAAGCUACUCACAAAUCCGAGCGUCAGUGCUGGCAUUGGGCUCGUCUUUCGGCAUCCUGCAGCGAGGAUUGAGAUGAGCUUCUGUCUACCGCUUAUUGCUAGGCCUACAGACCAGGUCCGCAAAGGACUCCAAUUCGGGCUGGGUGUCGAUUUUAUGUAGCCUAGACUAUCUGACACGCGGCAUACAUAAAAGACUUUGAUCGUCUAGAUGUGACUUGCUCUGGCAGAUGAGCUUCAAAAGUUGACAGCACGACAUCUCAUCUACACACCUCUAAGGUUUGAAUUGCUGAAUGCCUAGUGCUAUACAAGGCGUCGCUGUCCUCAUGGUCUUCGCACUGGCUUAUAUAGGCCAAUUACUACUCGGAGGCCCAGCUCCAGAUACGAGCCAAGUAUCGCUAGACACACCCUCCUUAUUCGCAAUGGCAGAUAUUCAUGGUGAUUUCCCCCGCGCUACACAAGCUCUGAUGCACGCUGGCGUCAUCAAAGACCU